AUGUUUUACUGGAACAUGGACGAUGCGAGCAGAAAUUUGAUCCUCGAGCUCCUGGAACAGGAUGCCCUGGAGGAGUCCAACCGACACAAAGGCAAGCAGAGGGCAGGCGUGUUUACAGACGGUGAACUCGCGAUCAAAGACUGGUCUGACCAGCUCAACCAGUCUUCCAUGGUGAUUCAAGAUCAUAAGAUGGCACUAAGUUUUGCAAAAGCUGUAUUUGAAGACGGGAUUGCUCUCACUCUGGCAGCUCAGGAAGAAAAUAGAGCAUUUACAGAUCGACGACUGGCAUUUGAACUUGUUGGUGAGCAGCCACCGGUAGAUGGAGAGUCCUCGGUCCACGAACAACCCCUGAAGCUCGUUGAUGCUGCGUUCUCCGAAGCAGUCGCUUCCCAGCUCGACGAACAAGACGAGACACUGCUAGAAAGCCGCCCUAACAAGAGACGAUGCAUGGCGGAAAGCUCCAAAACCGCUGCGAACCGUGCCGUUACUGAGGUGCAAUCAGAAUGCGUGGCUUGUCUUCACGAAAACCCUGCUUGGGACAUGGUUCAGGGACAGUGCUCUCACUUGUACUGCAAAGACUGCAUGGCUCGCUUGGUCAAUGACGCCCUCGCAGACCAGUCGCUAUUCCCUCCGCGAUGCUGUCGUCUGCCGAUACCACCGUACGCUCUGAGGAAACACCUGGGUGCCGAGCUCUUCAGAAGACUUGAGGAGAAGGAAAUUGAGAACAAGGACCCAUUCAGAACCUACUGCUCCAACACGGAAUGUUCGAAGUACAUUCAACCCCCAUAUGUGAAGGGAUAUAUCGGCACCUGCCAAACCUGCCAAACGGAGACAUGCACCUUGUGCAAGCGAGCUGCCCAUGAAGGCCCAUGCAUUGACGAGCAUGAUGAAGUACUGAGGCUUGCGAAGCAGCACGGAUGGCAGCGAUGCCCGCAGUGUCACCAUCUCAUAGAAUUAGCCACUGGUUGCAAUCAUAUCACGUGUCGCUGCCGAUACGAAUUCUGUUAUGUCUGCCUGGUGAAGUGGAAGCAAUGCCGUUGCGCAAAUUGGGACGAGAACCGAUUAUACGAUAGGGCUCAGGUGGUUGCUGCUCGUAAUGCUCAGCGUCCGGCUGAACCACAACAGGCCCAGCAACAGCAGCCCGUGCCACGGCACGCUCCUGCGCAGCAAGACGUGGAACGUGUGGCGGAAAGGAUCCGAGACAUGGAUUAUUGCUAUCACACGGGACGUUGGUAUCGUAUCGAAGCUGAGGAUGAUGAAUACCUUGAGUGUGAUUUAUGUGGUGAUGAGCUUCCGGAAUUCAUACUAGAAUGCCAGGACUGCGAUCUCAGGGCGUGCGCACGCUGCAAGAAUAAUCGGCUCUAA